AUGGCCGAUUUCCUCGCAAGCCUCGGUCUUGGCGCGCAGACGUCCGCCGCGUCAAGUAACUCGCAAUGCGAUUCGGUCGAGGAGCUCCAGCUCAAACUACGAAGCAUUCUGGAUGCCAAGGCGACAACCACACGGGCCGAACAUGUGGCUUUGACGAUCGAAUUGAGAGCCACGGUACGAUUUCAGUUGCCUGUGUCUGAAUCGGAGAACGGGACACUCGAGAGCCUAAACAACAUCGAUCCGUCACUGCGAGGAGCGCAAUCUGUGGGAAUGAAUGGCAAUCGGGAUGAAGGACAGCUAUCGCGCGUGGUAUUUGCCAAUGAUACGCUCAUGAAUCAACCCCAAGACGAUCCGACGCUUCAACGAUCGGUCGCAAAACACAUCAUUUCGACAAUCAGCUCAACCGAUGGGAGUACCUGGACCGUUCGAGAGGUAUCGCGCGGUACACAGGGUUGGACUUUUACAUAUUUGUGCAAGGACUCGUAUCAGCAAUGGACUCGACAGAAUGCAAAGAACCAAACGAAAACAAUAGUAGGAGAGUUCAGUCAGAGAGAGCCUGACCCGGUUCUGCAUGCUCGGCCUGCCUUUGACUGUCGAGGAUCGAUCGCGAUUGCCUUUAACCGUGGCAGUCGCUCCAUCACCGUGAAAUACGACCAUACUCCUUUGCACAAAACAGUUGCAGAGCUGGCCGCCCACUUCAAGCCUGCUCCUCGUCAACUGGGACCAGGCGCGCAGAGACUUCUAGAGCAGCAGCAGAAGGCAAAGGAGAAGAUGCUGAGGAAACCUAGAGGCGAGAAGAAAGACAAGAAGGAGCGAAAGAAGCGGGACUCUACAGUAAAGGCGCAAGAUGAGAACGGUAAUCCCCGGAAACGAAAGAAGAAAAACAAUGGAGCAUCUCAACCAGCGGACUCAGUAGACGGGCCGAUGAUCCCUCCAGAUUAUCCUGGGGCACCAGCAAUCGAUGGGCAAAACCAAGGGGGCCCAUCGUAUAUGAACGGCGGAGAAGCGUCCGGCAAUACUGGGCAGCAAGGGUUCAACGAUUAUCCUCAAGGGUUGAUGGGGGACACAACGACGAAUGGAACUUCGUCUCAGCAGGCAAACGGCCAGAUGGCUUCAGCUGCUUUCCCAGUUAAUGUCUCAGCAGCUGAAGCAGCACGUCGAAAAGAAGCAGCCACGACAAUGCUCAGCAACGCUGGUGUCGAUCCCACCACAUUGUCUCCUGAGCAGUUUGGUAUCUUCGCCAAUCAAGCACCAGAGUUGCAACGCGAGUCACUGAACAUGCUUGUCAAAUAUGGUGCAGAACGCCUCCGCAUUGUCCAUCCCGGCAACAAGGAUGGGUCAACACAGGCAAGCUCUUCAACACAGAGCAGCCAAACAACUUCAACUGGACCUAGAACUACCAAAGAGCUAGUGCCACAGUCAAGUGCUCAGAGCAACGUGAACACAGAUACUGAGACAGCAGUGGCUCAGGCUGCUGACGACACUUCCACUCCUAAGCGUAAGAGGAACAAGAUGGGCAAGUCGAGAACAGCCUGUUUCGCAUUGCCCGAGGGAGAGGCCAAUCUGCACCGAGUGUGCGGAUCAAGGGACUGCAUGGCAACAAAACCCAAGAAGUCUGAGGCAAUCGUUGUUGUUGUUGAUGAUGGUGACGACGACGACGAUGGUGAUGAGGAGGAUGAAGAGGUAGAGCAGCAGGAAGAUGCCGAGGGAGAGGGUUCUGAACAGGAAGAUGACGAACAACAAGACACUUCACAGGACUAUUCAUACCCUCAGAUGAAUAUCGGAAACAUGGUCACCGACACUGAUGCAACAACUCAAGAUACCCAGCCCACACAGAGCAACUACUACCAGCCUGCUUCCGGGCUAGUUCUUCCUCAGCCAGACCCUGACUCGACCAGCUCUCAAGCAAUGAGCACAUCGGUCCCGCAGAGAGGUAACUACUUUCAUAACCUGCCAGAAGUGACACAACCCAUGGUCCACCCGGCCCCCCCUAUCCCAGCUCCUGCUGGUACGAUCGCGCCCUCUGAAACAAGGCGAUGGACCGCCUUUGGUAGCGGUAGUGUUGGUGGAAGUAGCACCACUAGCAAGACACGAAGAAGUCUUCCGUCCGAGCCCAGCCAAGCCAGUGCGCAAAACAUGCCUGCAAACCCACAGCCAUCAGACUGGGCUCAAACUUCCAACACGACUAUGCCUGCAACGACAAUGGCGUCCGUCUCUCCGCAGAUGACAUACGACACACGCUCAAGUGGGAGGACUCGACAGAAGAACCAGAGCCUAACGAAUGAUACCCCCCAACAAGCUCCAGCAGUUCCUAACACGGUCAUGCAGCAGGCUCAAGCACGUCAAUCGCCCGUCGCUGCGGCAGCCAUGAUGGCGCAGACCCGCAAAUCUCCUUAUCAACAAGCUGCGGUUCCUCGCACGACUUCUAGAACAAGCCAGCGAAACCAGUCUCGCACACCUGUAACUGACCAGGCACGAGGCAGCACUCAUUAUGAUACAUCACACAUGUCCAGUGGUUCUGGCUAUAAUGACUAUGGGCGUUACAGCAGUACUAGCGCCAGCGGAAGCCAUCAACCACCGACGACCAUGAGCACAUCUUACCAGAGUACUCCUUCCACUGCAAACCAGUGGUCUAGUUCUUCGAGUCGAAACGAUCGCUCAUACGGCACCAACCCAUCAUAUCGAACACCUAACAUUUACGCACAAACAACAGCGUCUAAGCCAACGGCGGCAUCCCGCCAGAACUUUAACAUACGUUCAAACACACAACAGCAUACUCGUGCUAGCAGUGGUUCAUACAACCAGCAGCAACCACAGCAGCAGGAGGGUUACGCAUCAUACUCUGGAUCUGCACACCCAGGCCAACAGGCUCAAACAUCAAACCAGCAACAGCCGCCUAGUUGGUACUUCCAAAACUCUCACAACCCUUCUGUUCAUCCUGGGGGCCAGUCAUCUGGCUAUAACUAUGAGCCAUGGUCAGGCGUUUAG